AUGGCAUCAAAAGACGUGGAAGAGAAACUUCGCUUAGCACUUGGCAUACUUGGUGAGUUUUUACAUCCCCAAACAAUCCUAUUGACUUUCGUGAGGGUUAUAAGAAAGAAAAGCACAGAGGACUUUUCGUGUGUGCCUUAUAUCAUAGCCUUUUCCAACUGUUUUCUCUACACUUGGUACGCUUUGCCGGUUGUGAGCUGUGAGUGGCAAAAUUUCACUGUAGCUACCGUUAAUGGAGAGGACAUCCUUCUCGAGUUCUCAUUCGUCAUCAUAUAUUUCUACUUUGCUUCGGCCAAGUGGAAGGCAAAAAAAGGUGGCCACCGAAAGACGCUCGUUGGCAGCGUGGGAUUGGUGGCUUCCAUAGGAAUGUACGGUUCUCCAUUAGUGGCUGUGAAACAAGUGGUACAGACGAAAAGCGUGGAGUUCAUGCCGUUUUACCUCUCGUUUUUCUCGUUUCUUGCCAGCACACUCUGGUUAUUCUACGGGCUUCUUAGCCACGAGCUUUUUCUAGCGGCACCGAAAUUUGUCGGUAGUCCACUGGGCUUCGUCCAGCUUCUGGUAUACUGCAAGUACAGGAAAAGUAAAGCUACCAAAAACCUCAAAAAUGGGAUUCUUGAAAGAGAUUUCAAGAAAGCAAAUGAAGAGAAACAAAUGCAGUGGCCAACAUCAAAUGAAGAAAGAGAUGACGAUAUAAGAAAGCUGCAGCUGGUGGUUAGUACUGAAUCUACUGAUCAUGCGAGGAGUGGAAAAUAA